UCACCUUUCAGUCAGUUGGGUCACUGGCAUCUUUCUGUGAUGUGUUGAUCAUCUACAGAAGACUGUAAAGGCAACAGAAGGCAUAAACUUAAUGGUCAUCUGUGGAUAAUGAAUGUUGGCCUUGUGCUCGUUCUUUUGUUGACAGGAUGCAAAUCAGAAACUGGACAUGUCAAUCAGCCAGAUCCUCUGCUGACAUCCCAGGUUGGGGAUACAGUAACUCUGCGGUGCUUUUAUCCAAAAAACAUACCAUCUUACAUGUCUUGGUACAAGCAAUCAGGAGGAUGGAAACCUCGGCUCAUAUCCACAGUCUAUAUAUUUGGAGGAGACGUUGUUUUCUAUGACGAGUUUAAAAAUGACCCUCGCUUCAGAGUACAGAAUGAAGAGGAAAUAAAUCAUCUGAUCAUUUCAAACACACAAGAUUCUGAUUCAGCAAUGUAUUACUGUGGGGCUACAAGUUUACAUAUAGUGCAUUUUGGAAAUGGAACACUUUUGGUAACAGGCACAGGGAGGAAGAGCAGGACUGUGGUACAGCAGCCUGUGUCUGACACAGUGCAGCCUGGAGACUCUGUGAGCCUGCAGUGUACAAUAGAGACUGGGAGCUGUGCUGGAGAACACAGUGUUUACUGGUUCAGACAUGGAUCAGGAGAAUCCCUUCCAGGAGUCAUUUACACCCAUGGGAACAGGAGUGAUGAGUGUGAGAAGAACCCUGAGGCUGGAUCUCCUACACGGAGCUGCGUCUACAGCCUCCCCAAGGGGAACCUCAGCCUCUCUGAUGCUGGGACUUACUACUGCGCUGUGGCCAUGUGUGGGGAGAUGCUGUUUGGGAACGGGACAGUCGUAAACUUUUCAGGAGAUACAGUUGCUCUCCUCUACAUUGUAUAUUUUCUGGGUGCCGCCUUGGCUGCUACUUUCAUCCUGAUUGUCAUUCUCAUCCACCUCAUAAGAAGACCCUGCCAGCAUUGUAAAGGGCAAAAUGAAGGGCUAUCCACUGAAGAGAACCACGAAGCUGACAGACUGAACUAUGCUGCACUGAAUGUCACCGGCAAGAAAACCAAAGACAGGAAUAAGAGAGCAGUCAUGGGGAGAGAAACUCUAUACACAGACGUGAGAUGUGAAGUUACAGGCUAAAACAAUGCUGUACACAAUGAUCUCUUACUGUGUCUUAACAAACAUUAUUAAUUGACAAACAAGAAUAACAAAAUAACUGUAAUUAAAUGUAAAAUGUUAUUUUAUAAAGUGUUAUAGAUCCUGAAAAAGGAUGAGAAUUCCCUGUACAAGUUAGUAUUUUCCAUUCAAAAUUUAGGAAUCUGACAGACAAUUCGGUGGUAAUUUACAUAUUUAGUUUUUUUAAUCAAUAAACUAAAAACACAAUCUUUUGUUUUCAUGCUGUACUGCCUCCUGGCAUAACAUGUAAUUUAUUUUGUGUUCCUUCCGAAAAUGUACAUGAUGUCACAAAAUGUUUUUUCCCUGUUCUUCUACAGUACAUAAAAUAAACAGAAUUUUCCACUUCUGAACUAGGUUUGUAUUAUAUUGUUUUUGUAAUAUUUUACUGCUCUGUACCUGUGAUAAGAAUGAAUUACCAAAGUCAUGUGGAAAUAAAGAGAAGUCACAUGAAGACAAUGACAGCUGGGAUCUUGCGGGAAUAUGUGUAAAGUAAUGUUUAAAUAAAUGUAAUAUACUGUCA